AUGACCAGCUUGGGAAAUGAUUCUUUGUGUGAGGAGAGGCUCUGCCGGCUGGAUCCUGUUUCUGUUCGGGCUUCUACACCUGACCUGCACCCUUUGACCAUGACACCUCCUGCUCCUCUGAACCCAGAAGGGCUUCUGGGCCACUUUGGCAGAGCUGCGGGGAAGCCUCCAAACCAGCAGGACAGCCAGGCAACCCUGUCCCUGGGCGAAGCAGAACAGAAGAAUGGGGAGAGCUUUGCCCAGAAGGCGAGAGGGUGCUUUGAAAACACACUUUGCUCCGAUAAGCGAGCAAGCGCACUCGAAGUGGCAGAAGUAGCUGAAACUGCUGGAGGGGAGGAUUGCCAGUCGGCCGAGAUCAUAGAGGCUGAGAGACUUCCAAGCUCAGGUGAACCCAGCUCACCUGAAGAGGGAGUCAGCAAAGUCCAGUCUCAGGACCCCUCCCUGGAUGAACCAGGUUCAACCCCUGGCGCCCCGUCUGGCCAGUCAGGCCACCUCUCUCAUGAACAAGACAAAGACACGUCCGACCCUGUUCCGGAGAGCGUGUGGGACGCCUAUUUCUCAGAGGAGGAGAGCUUCCAGUUGUCUGUGUGUUCGGGGAUGCAGAAUUCUCCCCCUAGCUCUCCCGCGAAGUCCCCCGAGGCAGAAAGUGCUCCCAGUCAGAAGAACAUGGACUUUUUCUUCUCUGACAUCUCCAACAGUUCAGCCGAAUCUCACUCCUGCGAACGUUCUCCCAGGCCGCCUGGCAGGGGCGCUUCUGGGGCAGAAGGCGAUGGGCUCCCCACAGGGGGCUCUGACUGGGUGGGGAAGGGGGCCGAGGCAAGCGUGGAACCAGAUUCUUCCUCCGGCCCAGAAACCUCUGGCAUGGACUGGUUUGACGAAGACCCACAGGCGCCGUCCCAUCAGCCUGUGUCCCCCAGGGAAAGCACCCCAACUCCUAGCGGUGACCCCCCGUCUGAGCCUGACUGUCCCAUCAGCUUUGCUCCCGGUGAAUGUGGCGCCUACGACCUCCAAGAAGAGGGUGGCGCCUUCGAGGGAGAGGGCGGCCCCGAGGCUCCCAGCGUAGAGGGGUCUGGAUGGGCUGCCCCUCUACGAGCCCCACAACUGGUGCGGAGGAGGAAGAGGAAGAGGUGGCGAUGGAAAUGGAGACGGGGGGCCUUGGUCAGAGGCCAGAGAGGGCCCUUCUCCAGAGAAGCCCUGGAGGGUCCUCACGCCAAGGUAUGUUUGAAAACAUCUUCUGAAGGGGAAGGGAGGCAGAGCGGAUUGGGCCGGCCUCUCCAGGGCAGCAGCCCUGCUCAAGGAAGGUUUUGGUGUGCGGUGCUGUGCUUUGCUUUUACUAAGUUUUGUUGAGAGCCAGCCAGAGUGGCUGAGGCAACCCAGUCAGAUGGGCGGGAUAUUAUGUAUGUAUGUAUUAUUAUUAUUAUUGUUAGGCAAUGGGAGGUGGAAGGCAAUUUAGGGCUCAUCCAGACUUGCACUUGCCCUUUCUCUUUCUCUUGGGAAAACCUGUUCUUUACCAUUGAAUGGGAGCAAAUGUCAGGUGAGUUUUCUCUGGAAUGACAUUUGCUCCAAUUCAGCUCCAAAGAGCGGGUUUUCUGGGAGAAAGUGACCGGGCAAAGGCAAAACUGCCUGAAAAUCAUGGGACAAGCGGGAAAUGGCUUGGGCCCAUUCUUUCUAGGUACGUGGGAAUUUCAGACUUCCCAUCUGGAGUCUGGAAUGGUACAGUCUCAGGAUCGUGUGAUUUGUCUGCACGUAGACAUAGCGGCAAAUGUCACCUCUUCAAAAGGGUGCCAGAAAAGCAAGGCUGUUGCGCUUGGAGAGUCGGGUGGUGGAGGAGGAGCGUCUCCACCAGGAAAACCACCCCACUGCUUAGGGUAGACCAGAGGUAACCAGCUGACCCAGCCCAACUUGUCUUGGCUCGGGUGGCACCUGGGAGCACUUCCACACCGGUUGCUAAGGAAAGGAAAGCAAUGCUUCCAGUUCAUACCUUGUAGAGCUGGGUCAGGAGGGACCACCAUGGCAGAUGGUGUCGGAAGCCCCUGGAAGACACUGUAGAAAUCCCUCUUCCACCGUCCCUCUCUGGAUAAAGGCCAUCACCCAUCAGGACAUCAAGGCCAGUUGAGCCCCAGACUGGAAGGGGUCUAGACCAGUGGUUAGCCAGGUGGGGAGUGCUGCCCCUAGGGGGAUUACCUAGGGGGACACUAAAGGGCAGCAGGGGGCUCUGGAAGUGCAAACGACUAUCAGACUUUGAAAAGCUCAUAUCCCAGGAACAAGCGCCAUCAGUUCUGUUGAAUUAAUUAUAUUGAAUAGUUUUCACUGUAUGUUAAAUAAGCCUGCAAUUCAUAGUUUCUAUUCUGAAUUUUACUGUGUUUUCUUGAGUGAGUUGUGCAAACUUCUGUUCUGAAGAAUUUUUAUAGUGUAGGGUAGGGGGGACCUGAGGAUGGUUUUAUGGAACCAAGGGAAUGGCGAAGGUUUAGACAUUCCGUAACUUCUAGGAAUGCUUGCAGUGGUCCCACCGCAACCCUUUCAGCCACCUUGCUCCAAAAUUCUUUCCUCAGAUAUGGAGCGUGACCUUGGUGUUGACCCACCUUCUGCAUUAUCGUCUCCUGAUGCGAGGAGAGACGUGGAACAUCCCCAGGCACCACUGAAGAGGAAAUUGCCUUACGACGAGCAUCUCUGCCAAGACGGCGGUGGAAAUCUCACUUGCUCUCCAUCCAGGACAAUGUCUGUUGUUGCUGCUGCUUAUGAGCCAACCAGCUGCCCCAUGUUGAGUGAUGUGAAGAGCGAAGAUCUGGCUGCUUCUUGCUCCAGCCCAACUCAGGUGAGCAAUCCAGGUGAGCAUCCCUUGGCGCUGAACAGACCAGGCUCACCUCUGCCCUCCUCUGAGGAUCCUGGUUCUGCUGGCAUGGCUGGGAGCAUUGGGAAAGAUCCUGAGCAGGACCUGAUCAGCGGCAGCCGUGGAGCAGGAUGGGAAGGACAAGAGGACUCCAGCAGCCCUCCGCAAGAAGCUCCAGGGAACCCCUUGCUGGUCACAGGUGUGUCUGGCGAUCAGGUGCCUGCUUGCAGCCCCUCAGAACAGAAAGAUGGCGCCUCCGCUCUGGGUUGCUUGGCAGGUGCGCCUUGGGUUUCUCAGCGCUUCAAGGAAGAAAAGGACCCAUGUGGUCCUGGAGAAAGGAGGGACGGCCCCAGCUGUCACACAGCGUACCCCACAGCUUGCUCCCCAGUCAUCACAGUCCUGCAUAAGCCCAAAGCCUCAGCAAACAGCCAGUCAGAGCGUUUCACAAGCUCUGGAGACUUUGGAAACGGAGACCGGUUGCUCCUUCCUUGUUGGUUAGAAGAGGCUGAGUUGAGCUCGCAGCUGGAUAUGGAGCGCGUGUGCUCAGACGAUGAAUCUGUGGCCUGUCCUCCUCCUCCGGGCUCCGAAAGAGACUCCUCCAUGUCAGGAGACGGUGCUGGGCCUUCUGCGCCUCGGGAGGCUAAGGCGACGGGGCAGUUGGAUGGGGAGCAGUGGGGCUCCGACGAUGAGUCUGUGCCCUGCCCUUCCCCUCCGGGCUCUGAAGACGCAGGCUCCUCCUCCAAGUCGAGAGGCCCUCCCGGGGCUUCUGGUACCCAGUCACAGAGCGACCGCUGGCCUUAUGCUGCUGGAGCACAGAGUGAUGACCCGAAAGACUGGGCAUCCUGCGAGCAAGACGUUGAGUUUCAGUUGCAGGAGUGCCAGUCUGUCCUCAGAGAGAUCUUGCGGUCCCUGGAGUCCCUGGAAGGGAUUGACCGGCUGCAUAUGGAGAAGUGGAGGUAAAAUGUUCCCACUUUCUUUUGCUCGUAAAUUUUAUUACAGCUUUUUAUGAUACAAGAUAAUAAAAAAAAUCUGUAUACAAACAAGAAAAUGAGAGAGAAGCAGGUAUGGGGAGAGGAGAAGAAGAAAGGAAAAGAAAAGGGUGUCUCAUUCUCUGUCUGUCAGUUACAUAAAAAAAAUUAUUCAAAACAUUUGCUGCAUGAUACCAUCUAACUAUUCUACCUUCUAGAUUCAGGUAGGUAGCCGUGUCGGUUGAAAAAAAAAAUAUUCAGAUAUCUGAAGAAGUGUGCAUGCACACGAAAGCUUAUACCCAGAACAAACUUAGUUGGUCUCUAAGGUGCUACUGGACAAUUUUUAUUUAUUCUACCUUCUAUAAACCAGUAUUUUUCCAGUUUUCAAGCCUAAAUAUCAUGAGUUCAUUUUACUUUCCACACAAAAAGUCCAAAAGGGGCCAGCAAUAGUUUUCUCUAAUUAAAUGGAUUAGCUUUGGCUCCAGUACUUUCAGCAACCUGCCUUCCUACUAAAUAAUGGUAAAUCUUGCGCGGGAAAGAGAGAGAGAGAGAGAGAGCCCAGCAGGUGAGGUGUGGCUUAGACGUCAUCAGCAGAGUUUGCACAGCUCCAGCAGAACACUGGAGUCUUCCUGCUUCCCAGGAGUCAGCCUUUUCCAGAGUUCCUGGUUAAAAAGAACUCCUUUCCCACUAGGUUCGGUACAAAGUAUAAAGUGUUUAUCGUCUCAUGGCACAAGCACAAACACCCUGACUACAUAAACUUUUAAGAGAUGCUGGCACGUCAUGAACUAAUCUGCUGUUUUUCUGGUCUUGGAAGGAAACCUUGUAAAGACACAAGAGAGAUCCACUAGCCUCUUAGCUCUCCAUGCUCUUCCAAACUAAACAGCCUGUCCCCUUCCUCUCCUCUUCUGAGCAAAUCCCUCUCCCUCUUGCCAGUGCUGCUGAAGGCGGCCUUGGCUUUAUAUCGGCUUCUGCACUUAAAGACAUUCCUUAGAGGAGGAGACCUGCUUAGGCCCUUUGGGCUUCUCGGCCACCCAGGGCAGCUGGCAUGAUAACCCUGAACUAACCCAGACAUUAGUAGGGGGGAAUUGUGGGAAUUUUCCAGAGUCACUCAGAGGAUGAUGAGGAUGAUGAUCAGAGUUCGGAUUCCGGCUCAGUGGGCGGUGCUGCUGCUGAUGUCAGCGACAAUGAUGACACAGCAGACUACAAGAGCACAAAGGCCUCAAUCAGACCAUCUGAUGGGUCUGACACUGAACUGGAAGAACCACUGUUCACCAUUGGCCACUUGUCUCCUAAGAAAGAGGAGAUGAAUGCAGAAGGCUUGCCUCUAGUACGCAGAUCUGAAAGGGCCACAAAGGCAAACCUCCAAAGAGAUUUGCUGAUGAGUUUGCUAAGACAGCAACUGCUGUUCUUGGUAGCUCAGAGAAGGUGUGGGAACCAUCAAGCUUCAAAGAGGUGCAGGAGUUAACCUCUAAAGAUGCUGAACCAUGGCUUAAUGCCAUGAAGGCUGAAGUUGAUUCCUUGAAUAGGAACCAAACCUGGGACCUGGUGUUAAUAGUCCCAGGAAUGAGGCGGUUGGGCUGCUCAAGACACGGGUUCACCCCUUUCCCACAUUACACCCGCAAAGAUAACUGUUUAAAAAGGUAAUCAAACGUCAAUGGAAUUUAAACUGUGUGCGUAUUAGAGUGAAGUUGCUGGUUGCUGAUGCUUCGUUUUCUUUCUCCCCUAAAGAGAGCAGGUUGCGUCUCUCCAGAACGCCACCCAGAUGCCCCAGACCCACAUCGCGGUGGUGGGCAACACGGGGGCAGGGAAGAGCUGCCUGCUGAACGCCCUUCUGGAUGAGGAGGCCGUGCUGCCCACCUCGGCCAUGAGAGCCUGCACCGCCGUGGUGGUGGAGGUCUCCCGGGCAGACGGGAGCAGCCCCUACGAGGCGGAUGUAGAGUUUCUCUCCCGAGAGGUAGGUUGGGCGGCUGGGGGGCAGGUCCCCCCCCGGCUCUCUUCUGCAGGGGCUGGUCUCCUGGGUUGGGGUCCGUGGGGGCACCGGAGGCUAAGACAACCUGGAAGGGGCUAGUGGGGAGCGGAGGGCAACAAAGCAGCCUGGGAUUGUUAUGGAAGGAAUUGUAAAUAAAACUGCCCCAGUAUCAUGUAAUAAACAAAAAUCUGCCCUUAUUCCCUUAUGGGGAUGCAAGAGCCCUUAUAGAGUCCUUUGUAGGUUCUCCAUCGGUCAGAGAAAAUAGCAGAGGCCAACCGGAGAAUAUUGAGAAGCAAAGCAGCUAGUAAGCCUGGUCUUUAUUGAUCUGUUGCAACAGGGUGCUCCCCUCACACACAGGAAAGGAGGAGGACCCAGAACCCAGGGGGGCCCGCCCUUAUGUAGACAUUUUAAAUUGCCUUCCCUGGUGCUCAAGACAACCCCCAAACAUCAUACCUACAUCACAGAAAGGGCAGUCUACAAAAUAAUAAUAAUUAUUAUUAUUAUUAUUAUUAUUAUUAUUAUUAUUUCUUAUUUAUACCCCGCCCAUCUGGCUGAGUUUCCCCAACUACUCUGGGCAGCUCCCAAUCAAGUAUUAAAACAAUACAGCGUUAAAUAUUAAAAACUUCCCUGAACAGGGCUGCCUUCAGAAAUCUGAGUGCGUUGUUUAUCUCCUGUCUGGCAAGUUACCCAUUAAUGGUCACUUGACUGGAUUACAUAUAAAGGUAAAGGUACCCCUGCCCGUACGGGCCAGUCGUGUCCGACUCUGGGGUUGCGUGCUCAUCUCGCUUAAGAGGCCGGGGGCCAGCGCUGUCCGGAGACACUUCCGGGUCACGUGGCCAGCGUGGCGAAGCUGCUCUGGCGAGCCAGCACCAGCGCAGCCCACAGAAACGCCGUUUACCUUCCGGCUGUAAAGCGGUACCUAUUUAUCUCCUUGCACUUUAAGGGUGCUUUCGAACUGCUAGGUGGGCAGGAGCUGGGACCAAAAGACGGGAGCUCACCCCGCCGCAGGGAUUCGAACCGCCGACCAUGCGAUCGGCAAGUCCUAGGCACUGAGGAUUUACCCACAGCGCCACCCGCGUCCCUGGAUUACGUAUAUAUGACCUUAAUUUUUUUUAUUUCAAUCAUAAUGCCAUUAAACAAAUACAUUUAUUGACAAGCUGCAAGGUGUGCAGAAGAUGAUCAAGGUCUGGAAACCAAGCCUUAUGAGGAAUGGUUGAAGGAGGUGGGUAUGUUUAGCCUGGAGAAGAGGAGACUGAGAGGAGAUAGGAGAGCCAUCUUCCAAUAUCUGAAGGGCUGUCACAUGGAAGAGUGAACAAGCUUGUUUACUCCUGCUCUGAAAGAUAGGACUCAAACCAGUGGAUUCAAGUUACAAGAAAGGGAAUUCCUGUAAACAUCAGGAAAGACUUUCCGACCGUAAGAGUUGCUUAACAGUGGAAGGGUCUCCCUCAGGAGGUGGUGGACUCUCCUUCCUUGGAGGUUUUCAAGCAGAGGUUGGGGGCUGCUUGCCAGGGACUCUCCAGCUGGGAUUCCUGCAUUGCAGGGGGUUGGACUAGAUGACCCUGUGGGGUCCCUUCCAACUCUAUGAUUCCGUGAUUCUAUUUAAAAGCAGCCUUUGCCAACCUGGUGCCCUCCAGACUGGACUCCCAGCUCCCAUCGCCUUUGUGCUGGUUGGGGGUGGUGGGAGUUACUUUUAGAGUAAUUUAUCUAUUCUGUUCUCCAUCGUGCUUUCCCUCCUGCAGGAGUGGGAGAAGGAGCUGAAGGGUCUCCUUGAAGACAUGAAGGACAAGUUUGGCCACCUGAAGAGCGCUGCCCGGAUCGCAAGACGGAAGCUGGGGCCGCCUACAGCCGUGUGA